AUGGCGACUGCCGUGUGCGCAGAGCAUUCGCGCUGCGCAAGAAUUUGCUCCAGUCCACGAAGAGUAUGUCACAGACUGGAGUCUGGCAAAGCAGAAAAAUGGUCUGAGCAAGACAUUGAGAAUUUGCCAGCACGCCGGACAGGCGGUGGCUCCCCACUGCAUUCGGAUGCAAAAUCAGACGGAUCGGAAGAUUUGGAUUUCCACAUUGCAAAGACACAAGAUUUGGAGCCCAAAAGUAAGCGUGCACAUCUCAUGGAGGAAGCCACGGACAGGUCAGAGCUGGCCCGCGUGUCUUUUCUGACCGCGAGAGCAGCGGAGAGCAGGAAGCAAGAGCAGUUGCAAGUUGGCUUGGAAGCAGAUGUGUUUUGUCAACAUGGAUUAGCUUCAGAUGCAGAUUUUGUGCGGGUGUUUCCAACAACUACAAGCAUGGCAUGUGUGAAGGAUGCAGCUGGACGUCGGAAGGUUCGGGUGCUGACAACAGCGGAGAAAAAGUUGUUGCAAGAUUUGGACGCCUUGGUGGUGCAAAAAGAUUGGCAUCCUUGUCAGAUAGGAACAGACCAGAAAGCACUUAUGAUGACCAAUAACUGUCAGCUUGUGAGGCGCAUGCGGCGCAAAUGGUACCGCAAGCUUGCCGAGAAAUGCAACAUGCAUGACCGACACAGCGGGGUAGGGGAAGUGCCUGCGGAGGAGGAAGCAGGUGGCGAAGCAGAUAGCAGAACCGACAUCAACCAUGAGGUCGCUGAGAUUUCCGUAGGUAGUUUGAAUUUGCAUAUGCAGCCAUUGCGUCCAGAUGUCCGUGACAUGAUCUCGGAGCAUGAUGCUUUUUGUUUGCAGGAAUUGACACCGGCAACGCUGCCGUCCGUGCUCGCUGCAGGACGGGAGUUGGAAUAUGAUGCGGUCAGCCCGGCACAGCGUGGUCAUACGAUGCUGGAAGGUUUCGAUGUUUGCAUGCUUUUGCGCAAGGCCACUUUGAAGCGCUUGCGCGUCGGCAUUGUUCCGUUGACUGCAGCGGGCGUACGGCAUAUGUUGCAUGUACGAGUCCAGGUGAAGAAGAAUGGAGCUUGUUUAGCUUUGGCCACUGCGCAUUGCACGGCAGGCAAGGAGGAGGUAAUGCAGAGGACAGCCGAAAAGGAUGUGACUUGGAGCGCAAUAGAAGCUUUAACAAUCGAUGGUUGUAUUUUUGCAGGGGAUACCAACAUGCACGCCGAAGAAGUCAUUCCGCAGCAGUACCGAGAACAAUGGGAUGAUGCUUGGGAGGUGGACGGCGCUAAUGAAGCUGUCACUGAUUUGUCGGACAAUCAGAAGGAGCCUGCCGGUGUUGAUGCUGCUGUGACUUUUCUGUCCGGUAUCAACACCAACCCUGUAGGAGCCGCAUCGAGUUCGGAUGCUGCUGUGACUUUUCUGUCCGGCAUGCACCAGCAGUCUGCAAGCAAUGUGUCAGCAGAGCGGCGACGCCUUGGAGGAGGAGCUGUGGAGGAGCAGUUGCCACAAGCAGAAUAUUUGCGCAUGGUGCGUCCAGGUUUAGGAACUAAAGUGGCUCGGCAGCAGCAAAAGCGCAAUGCCGCAGAAGUGGGCGGCGGUACACAAGACAAACCGCAGAGACUGCCAGCAAGCAAAUUGGGCGGUGGACGGAACAAGAGACGCACCAUGCGCGGUUCCAAUGUGGUAGCCGAUAGCAGUGCAGCAGCUGCAUCGGAAGAAGAUGAUCGAGUUUAUGAAGACAUGUUGACUGAGAAACAGAUGGAGCAAACUCGUCGAGACAAAGAGGAGGCUGCUAUUUGGGCAGAAUUUUGCGCCGAGGAAGCCCGUGAUCCGCACUGCGAUCCGACAUUUGGGAAAACACCUGAAGAAAUCCAAAUGAUGUUGGAUGAGGUGGACGAGGAUGACAGGUAUGCUGAUAUGGGAUACUGA